AUGGGGCUUUCCAGAGAAUCGGGAACUUCCCCGGAGCCAGGUGAAGCUUUCCCGUUAGAAACGAAGGCCUGUGCAGGCGAGGUGUCUGAGGGGCAAUCUCUUAGCACCGGGGUUGCACUCACGGAUCCAGAAAAGGAUGACUCACAAGUGCUAAUGGGUACGAAAUCUACCACGGAGUUUAGGCGUGGAGUAGAAUUUGGAAAAGAAGAUUCCCGAUGGAGAGAGCGCCCCAUGGUUAAUAAUAAUGAGGAGACGAUGGGGCCAGGAGACACAGCCUUUCCUUUGAGCAAAGGGCUUGACAUGGGAUUAAGCAACCCGCAUGUUUUGGGGUCGGAGUUGAAGACUCCCACUGAGUGGGGUAAUUUAGAAGUGAACAAGGAAGCAAACCCUUCUCUGGGAAUGCCGUCAGGAAGGAUGGGCUUGGAAAAGGAGUGUCUUCUGGCAGGGUCUUCCCAGGGGUGGGUAAAACAGCAGCCCCUGGGCCUGGAGUGUGGACAUCCACAGGCUUUAGAGCACAGGAGAGGGCCUGUGGCCAGGGAUCCUGAUGGGAUAGAAGCUUCUUUGGGAAAGCAGCCUGCUUUGGGCCUGGAACCUAGACAGGACCUGGAGAAAGACCCCACCUGUCUUAUGGUGCAACCCAGCACAGAGAUGACAAAUCCAGUGGAGCUGGACAUCGGGCUCCCCCAAUCAGAGGAGCCGCCUCCCCAAAUGUGCUUAGUGACAGAACCCCUUGAAUGCCAGUUUGCACAACAACCUGAAGUGAAAAAGGAGGAAGCCGAAAACAUAGAACCUGAAGUGGAACCUGCACAUCACACCAGACCCAUAUACUCUGGAAAAUUUUUUGAUCGAACACCUCACUGGCUAAGUGCAGGUAAAGUUUUACCGAUCGGAAACAGAGUUGCAAGCUGUUUGACUGAAAAACUUCCCCGGCUCAUGACACCACCCGAAGUAAAAAAGUUUUUAAACUUCAGAUAUGCACCUGCUGGAGCGGAAAGAGUAUUUUAUGGCAGAGCAAAUGAUCCCCAAAUUGCUCCUAAUUUAACACAUGGCAUAAAAUCGAAACCUUCAAUACAGGCAAGAAUGUUGAUCAAUCCACCGCCAGUGACCACAUUUCAACAGAAAUUGAAAGAUAAGAAAGAAUCUGUGUACUUUAGCAGUCGACGAGCACCGUUGGGAAAAUCUCAUGACCAAGCACCCGGAUUACCUAAAGGGAUGGAUAUAAUCAACACGACCUUUGGAACCUCAGUCAUCAGAGAAUUAUCUGCUAAGGAGGUGGUGAAUCCACCAAAAUCUUAUAAAGAAGUAUUAAAUGAUGGAAAAGAAGGCCAUGAGCUGUAUGUUGUUUCGCACAAUGAUUAUUAUGUGGGGGAAGCAAAGAACAGAAAAUAUAAUCCAUCGAGUUUCCAUAGGUUUAAUUUGUAUGGAGUUCCAACCCCACAUUUCAAUGACGGGCGACACAUGGCGAAAACCUUAUAUUGGCUCCACGAACUACAAAUGCUAUGCAAAGCCCAUGGAAAGCAUGCAGCCAUUGUGAAUGCAAGUGAAAGAUCAGACAGUUCUGUUGGCGAACUUGUGUUUGAGCUUCAUAUGUUUGUUUUACUUGAUAGCAUUGCGGAAACAAUGAAUGUCCCCCCAGACCACACAUUCGGAGCAUGUGUCUGUCCUGAUGAAUAUGGAGCUGGUGAUCUCAUCCAUAAUAGACUUCCGGGUGAAUAUCUUCGAGGCAAGGAUAGACAGCGAGCCAUGAUUGCAGCCGUUCGACAUCACCUGAAGAACAUUAAUUGCCAACAGUUUGACACCUUGCUGGCAGCCUUCAGGCACUACGACAAGAAGGGCGAUGGGAUGACCGACAAAGCGGAGCUGCAGGAAGCUUGUGACCAGGCCAACCUGCAUUUAGAUGACAAGCUCUUGAACCAGCUAUUUGACUACUGUGAUGUGGACCAAGAUGGCAUGAUUAACUACCUCGAAUUUGCAAAUUUUCUGAACUGGAAAGACAGAAUGCCUCUUACAGAGUAUGAAGGGAGAGUCAUUAUUAAAGGCAGAAAACAAGAUUGUACAAACCUUACUGAGGCGAAUGUUCCAGAAUCUGAACCAACUCUCUUGAUAAAGCCUGAAGACAUUGUAUGCAAAGAACCAGGGAGCUCAGAAAAGACAUUUCGAACACUUCAGAGACCAAGUGAUAGGGUUUCUAAUGAUUAUAAGCUGUCUUCUUCCGAGAUCAAUGCAGUCGUGGGAGCUGCUCCCUCUACAUGUUAUCCCAUCUACGGUGUUCCAACCAUUCGGUCUGAUAUUCCUGUCCCCCGAAUUCGUCGCAUCAGUGAUAGAGCUAAUUAUGGGGAAGACGGCAAUGCUUAUUCAUUACUAUAUCCUACCAUCUUCAGCCAGAAAGGAGUGUUUGAAAGAGACUUCUUCAAGAGCAGAUCGAGAGAAGAGGAGUUCCUAAGAGAGCUCAUGGCACCCACCGAAUUCAGGAAAGAAGCCAAUGCUCACCUCACCCUCAAGAGCAACUAUCCCCGUAAAAACGGUGUUUCUGGAAUCAGUACCUACUUUUGUCAAAAGCCAUAG